AUGGGGGUGCAUGCUUAUGCGCAUGGGGCUGUUGCCAAACCCAAACCCUGCAGCAGGGGGCUUUUCCUCUUCGUCGUUGUACUCGUCGUCCUCAUAGGUAGCUACUGCGCCGCCGCCGCUGCAGAUGAGAAGAUGAACAGCAAUAGUAGGGGCAGCCGCAGGAGGAGGAGGAGGAGCAGGACCGCCGCCACGGCGGCCGAGGCGGUGACGCCCGCCGCGCCCCUCAUGGUGCCCAUCACCAUCCUCAAGUCCGCCGUCGACUCGGGAGCCGUGUGCAUGGAUGGAACGCCACCUGCUUACAACUUGGAUCCUGGCUCCGGAGCGGGCAGCAAAAGCUGGAUUGUGAACUUAGAGGGAAGCGCAUGGUGCAACAGCGCCAAGACAUGUCAGCUUACCAAGAGCUCCGGGCGUGGCUCGUCGGACCACAUGGAUAAAGAGAUCCCCUUCACCGGCAUCAUGAGCAGCAGCCCCGCCGUCAAUCCUGAUUUCUACAAUUGGAACCGGGUAAAGAUUCGCUACUGCGACGGUGGAUCUUUUGCCGGCGAGGCCUUUGAUAAGGUGCUGCUCACCGGCUGCUCCUCGGGGGGUCUGGCGGUGAUACUGCACUGCGACCAGUUGCGCGCCUUCUUCCCGUCCGGCACCACCGUCGUCAAGUGCAUCUCCGACGGCGGCCUCUACCUAGACGCCGUGGAUGUCUCCGGGCGGCGCAGCCUGAGAUCCCACUUCGGCGACAUCGUGGUCGUGCAAGGGAUAGCUCAGAACCUGCCGCCGGCUUGCACCGCCCGCUUCGACGCCACCUCGAUUGUGCUCAGCUUGGCGCCAGACAGAGCUGACCCAAGCGGCGCUUGGCGAGCCUGCAAGUCCAACCGUACGGCCUGCAGUGCAUCCCAGAUGAGCUUCCUGCAAGAUUUCAGGGACCAGAUGGUAGCAUCCAUCAAAGGCUUCUCCGGUUCCAGGAGCACCGGGCUCUUCAUAAGCUCCUGCUUCGCGCACUGCCAGUCCGAGCAGCUGGCACCUGGAACACCAAACCAGGUGGCUCCCCCACCAUUCAAAACAAGGGGAUUGCGAAAUCCGUUGGUGACUGGUACUUCGAUCGGGCUGAAGUGA